GAAAUAUUCGCUACGAAAAAAAUGGCGAAAAAUUUUGGAAUGAGUGCGAUAGAUCUGCAAGUAAAAUAUGGUAACGACAGAGAACACGUGGAGCGACUUCAGAAGCAAAAAUGGAAAGAAGAGGAUGAACAAGAAAAGUUAGCAACGCAUUACAGAGAUGGCGUCUACAAAGCGUUGGCUCAUAAAAGAAAGCUUGACGAAAAGAAGUACAUAUAUGCACGUAUACGGGUAUAUUUGUGCACAUAUACAAAUGUAUGUCUGUACAUAUGGAAAUUUUCUAUUUCCUCGAAUGUAUAUUUCUUUAAGGUGAGAGCAGGUGUGUUGAAGUCAAAGGAAACGCAAAAGCCGUCUACUGACAAGACUAGUGGUGUAAGUAUGUCAAGCCGGCAACAAAGCGAGUCAGUGGAACUACGUAUUUUAUAA